AACUCUCCGGCGUCACGUGAUGUGGGUAGCCUAUUCACCGCGGCUUCAUUACAGCGGACUCCCCCAACGGUCUGUGUGGCUGACUUGUUUGUGAAAGCAUCAGCAUGGAAAUGGUGAAGAUAGAGCAGGUCAUCGUAGGGAGUGAGAGGUCCACACCUGAGAUCAAGUCCGAGCCUGUGAGCGCCCCUCGCCCCCCUCUCCCCCCUCUUCCAUCCUAUCAACAUGAAAGUCUGCAGUGUUUUCAGUGCUUCAUCACCUUCUCUGACCCCAAAGCAAAGGAGAGACACAUGAGAAAGAGUCAUAGGGAGCAGUAUAAAAAGCAGCUACAGCAGACUAACACAGUGUUCACUUGCUAUAACUGUGACAAGUGCUUUUACUCGUCUGAGGAACUCAGUGAACACACGGCUACACAUCGCAAUGACGAGAAAUGUUUCCAGUGCCCCUUCUGCAAGGAAACCUUCCUUACUUUCACAGAGCUAACCAAACACAGACGAUGGGACUGUGUGGAACGACAAUGUCCCUGCAAAGACUGUGGUGCCUUGUUCCCCAAUCCAUCACGACUCCAGUACCAUCGUAUUUCAGUGCACCUCCACCCGCCGUUGCCGGUACUGAAUCAGACAGUGGACACCUACCAGUGUUGUAAAUGUAGUCGAUAUUUCCAGUCAGAAAACGAACUCCUGCUUCACCAGGAGAAAUUUGCUAACAGUACAAACUGUAACCUUAAGCCGGGAAAGCCAGGAAAAAAACGAGGCCGAAAACCGAAGAGUGAAGAUGUUGAAGUGCCAAUUAAAAUAAAUAAAAUCAAACAAGAAGAAGAGGAAAUGGAACAAUUCAAUGAUAUUCCAACAGGGGGAUGCUCCUCCCAAGAGCAGCAACUUGAGCUUAAGAUCCCUUGUUCUGAAGCAGAUUGUGACCUCCUAUUCCCUACUCUUGCAGCCCUAAGGGCACACAAGAAGUGCAGCAUGGGCGCCUGCCUCGCAAAGCUCAUGCAUGUACAGAGUGCGAUGAGAGUUAUGCACGGCCUGAGCAGCUUAGUGCACACAUAGCAAGGGCUCACUGCUCUAGCAGAUACAAAUGCCCAACCUGUGGGAAGAGUUUUCCUAGAGAGAGUGUCCUAAAGGCCCACCUGACAACGCACUCUCAGAAAGAAGAGGAGGAGGAAGAUGAUACAAGAUAAUAUGUGGAGAAAAGGCUGCACCUUCUUCCCACAUCAUCCAGUUAAAUCAUUUUCAGACUGAUGGUUAUCAUAUUCUGCUUAGUGUAGGAAGAACAUUUCUAUCUGAGAGUUUUUGAAGCACGGUUAUGCAACACCAUUGAAGUAUGUAGGUUGUUUCUGGAACACCAUUUUUCCAAUGAAUUUUGAAAGAUAUCCUACACUUGUGAAUAAAACUGUACUCAUAGAUGUGUACAUAAUUAUCAAUUCAGUAUAAGCUCUUGUCAUUAAAUGUUCUUAUGCUGUUACCUCUGAUGAAAAGUUUUUUUAUUCACUGUAGAAUAAGUAGCUAAGUCUCAUUCAAAUUCUGCCGUUUUGUAUUUAUCUUUAUCAUCAUAUUUUGUGUAAAUUCAUAAAAGUUACAAUUAUAUGGAGAAUGUAAGACUGAAAAAUAUUAAUAUUUACUUCAUAUAGAUAUUAAGUAAGUACGCCAGCCUAUAUGACUCUGUGCCAUGGGACAUCCCUUCAGUCAUAUCAGGGUCUUAUUUUCCUAUUUCAAAAGGUAAAUAACUUUCAUUUAACAAAAUAUAUGUGUUGUU